AAGCUCUCUUCACACUCCUCUCUCUCUCUUUCACAGAGCUUACCCUAAAUAGUCUGAAUCCAAAUCCCUGAACUCCUGGAGCUUCCUCCUCCUUAAUGACCUUUCUGCCCUCCUCUUCUUCCCUAAUUUCCCCUUUCUACCACCUCCUCCUCUCUCUCUCUCCUCAUGGACCCCACUGAACCUGCCUCCACCGCCGCUGCCGGCGCCAAGUACAAGCUCAUGUCUCCGGCUAAGCUUCCGAUCUUCCGCUCUCCUUGCAUUACCAUCCCUCCCGGCCUUAGUCCCUCUUCCUUUCUCGACUCUCCUGUUUUGCUUACUAACUUCAAGGUAGAGCCUUCUCCGACAACUGGGUCCUUUACCAAGCUGCCAAUGACACAUGACUCUUCUAGCUCCGCUAUUUAUCCGAUGACCACCAUGGCUUGCUCAAAUGCUAAUGCCUCAGAUGAAGGAAACUCCAACUACUUCGAGUUCAAGCCAUAUGUUGGACCAAAUAUGGUUCCUGCAGAUAUGAAUCAUAGAAAAGAUGAACAAUCUUGUGAACUUCAAGUUCAAGGCCAACCUCAACCAUUUACUGCUCCACCCAUGACUAAAAGUGAGAUCAAUGUCAUUUCAAAUGAUUCGAGUCGAUCAACCCAGAUGGAUCCAGUUGCCUCAGGGGCUGCUGUUCCUGAUAUUGAUGGAGACGAUUUCAAUCAUAGUCUGAACACAAAUACCAGGGCACAGGCCGCACAAUCUGAUCCAAAAGGCAGUGGCAGUCCAGUAGUUUCAGAUAGGAUAUCUGAUGAUGGAUAUAACUGGCGGAAGUAUGGACAGAAGCAUGUUAAAGGGAGCGAAUUUCCCCGUAGUUAUUAUAAAUGUACACAUCCUAACUGUGAAGUGAAAAAGCUCUUUGAGCGCUCUCACAAUGGACAAAUAACCGAUAUUGUCUAUAAGGGUACUCAUGAUCAUCCUAAGCUUCAGCCAAGUCGGCGAUAUUCUGCAGGUGCUUCUGUGAAAGAUGGUCCUGAUAAGCCUUCACCUUUAACUGGCCAAGAUGACAGGUCGUGCAGCAUAUACACUCAGACAGUGCAUUCCAUUGAGCCAAAUGGAACUCCCGAACGACUGGCUGCAAAUGAUAGCAACACCGAAGGUGCAGGAACAACUCUGCCAUGCAAGAAUCCUGAUGAGCUUGAUGAUGAUGACAUAAUCUUGAAGCGGAGGAAAAUGGAACUUGGUGGUUUUGAGGCAUGCCCAAUGGUUAGGCCAAUUAGGGAACCGCGUGUUGUGGUUCAAACUUUAAGUGAGGUUGAUAUACUGGAUGAUGGGUAUCGCUGGCGCAAAUAUGGCCAGAAGGUAGUGAGAGGAAACCCGAACCCAAGGAGUUAUUACAAGUGCACAAAUGUUGGAUGUCCCGUCAGAAAACAUGUCGAAAGAGCAUCUCAUGACCCAAAAGCUGUUAUUACUACAUAUGAAGGGAAACAUAAUCACGAUGUCCCCACUGCAAAAAGUAGUAGCCAUGACGCUGCAGGCCCAUUGAGAACCGCACCAUUGAGGUAUAGACUCGAAGACAGGGACACCGUAAGCCUUGAUCUUGGCGUUGGCAUUGGUGAAAAUAGAUCGAACGAGUACAGGCAGCAGCCUCUCGCUCCAAAUGGCAAUUUCAACUUCGAAGUAGUUCAAGAAAACUCAGCCCCAACAUAUUUCAAUGUUCACAAUAGAGGUAUGAACCAGCAUGGACCAAGAGAGAGCUUGAGCGAGAGCCAAAGCGUGGACGUUGUUCCGCUAAACCAUUCGUCUCACCCAUAUCCGCCGAGCGUCGGGAGAAUACUAACAGGGCCAUAGCCACGUUGAGAACGAGACGACACCAGUUGCUUUCUUUCCAUAUGCUUGCCCUUUGUUGUUUAUGAUCUUAUUCUGGCGUUAACCGCCUUUGUUCUAACCUCGCGGUCAAUACAUGUACAAAUAUGAUAUGAACCACCUGGUUUUAUUUGUUACACAGAAGAUGUAUCUUUACAAUGUAA